UUAAAAGUGAUGGGGUCCACAAGGAUUUUGGCAACAAUCUUCUACGAAUACGCGAAAAAUUUCAAUUUGACUAAAGAAAUGCACUAAAAGUUUUUUUUAAAAAUUUUUAAUUUAAUUUUCCAAAUAUUUCGUUGUAACGAAAAUACAAAUUCAACUGUGAUAUUAAAAAGUCUUAAUUUUUUAAUUUAUUUAAAGAAAUAAUUGAAAAAGAGUUUCAAAAAUUUUGCAAAAAUGUUUCUGAAUAUAUUCAACUUUUCUGAAGGCGUCUUCAGUCGCGAAUAUCGUAAACAGUUAUUAACUGCGUUAAGUGUAACGAUAAUAACCCUUUCACAUGGCAUUGCUUUGGGUUGGGUUUCGCCAAUGUUGCAUAAAUUGCAGAAAAUUGGUGAAACCCCAUUCGACUUCGCUAUUAAUGUGGAGCAAGCCUCCUGGAUUGGAGCAUUUACUUGUGUAGGUGGAUUUAUCGGUAACAUCACACUUGGUUCAUUGCUAGAUACAAUUGGACGUAAAGCUGCAAUUUACUUUUUGGCAAUACCGCAUUUAUGUUUUUGGGGCUUAGUGUAUUUUGCUAGCACAAUUGAACAUCUUUACGUGGCACGAAUUCUAAGUGGAAUCAGUGGAGGCGGUUGUUAUAUUGUAAUUCCAAUAUUUUUGAGCGAAAUAGCUGAUGCCAAUGUACGCGGUCGUCUUACCUCGCUUUUUAUACUCACCAUCAAUACAGGCAUACUUGUGGGUUAUAUACUAUCAUCCCAUCUGCCAUACAAAGUAAUUCCUUGUGUUGCAGUGGUUUUGCCAAUUUUGUACUUAACAACUGCUACAUGGUAUCCUGAAACUCCAUUACAUCUGUUGCGACGUGGUCGCUAUGCAGAGGCUGAAAAUGCUCUAAAGUUCUAUAGAAAUUUUGAGCCCAACUCUAAAGUCGAAAUACAGCAGUUCAAUACGGCAUUUGCCGAAAUGAAAGAUGGUAUAAUGCAGCAGAAGGCUACCAGUGGUGAUGUCAGCAUUAAGGAUUUUUUUACGAAAAAUGCUCUAAAAGCCUUUGCUACCGGACUCAUAUUAAUGUUGGUCAACAUUUUCUCUGGGGUUUUUGCUUUCGUAAACUACAUGUCAACAAUAUUUGACAAAUCCAAGGCUGACUUAGAUCCGGACACCAAUACGAUCAUCAUUGGUGUGGUACAAAUUGUAGGCACUUAUACUGCCACUGUUUUAGUGGAUCGUUACGGUAGGAAAAUAUUAAUGAUUGUUUCUACGGGUAGCAUGAGUUUAGGUUUAGCGGCUUUCGGUAUGUAUGCCUUUUUCGUAGAAGAAAUAGAAGUCGAUUUAUCCAGCUACAGUUGGUUGCCUUUACUGCUUAUGGCGUUCGUUAUAUUUAUGGCUAACGUUGGUGUAAAUGCAGUGUCAUUUAUCAUUUUAGUUGAAGUUAUGCCAGCAAAGAUACGUUCAAAGGCUGCAUCGAUUUGUAUGACAUUGUUAAGUGGAUUUGCUUUUGUUAUGCUCAAAGUGUUUCCCAUUUUAAUGAACGUUUUCGGUUUGUCAGCGACGAUGUGGUUCUGCGGUAGCGUUUGCACUAUUGGACUGUUUUACGUUUGUGUCUUCCUCAAAGAAACAAAGGGCAAAUCAAUGAGUAAGGACGAUGCGGAUUCUUAACUUAUAAGAAGAAGUCAUUUCUUGAUUUUCAAAUGAUUAUUUAAAUUAAAUAAAAUUUUAUUAAGUGAAUUAAUUUUAAAUUUAACUACAAAUCAUUCAAUUAGAACAUGUGACUGAAAAAUGAUUAAUUUUUAAAAUAAUAUUGUUAUUGAAUAUUUAAUAUAAAUAUGACAGG